UUCUUCUCCCCUAAAAGGGGAAGAAAUGUGAAUAAAAUGGUAAUUAAAAUUAUAAAUUUGCCUUUAAGGAAUAUUAGGCACGAAUCCAUUUUUGGAGAAGAUGCGAUUCUCACGGGUGUUCGAAAAACGACAUGUAUGACACCUGAAUAAUGCGUGAGGGUGCAUCAUUGUAAAUAAAUAGGAAUUGUAAAAACAACUAAAAAUAAAUUAUUAUAAUCAUUUUUUUACACACAAAAGUUGUAUUAACCGAUUGUUGUGUUAAUAUUGUUGAGGUGUAAAGUAAAUUGUGAUUAUUUUGAAGAAGCCUGGAAUUACAGUGAUUCUUAAAAACAACAUAGCAUUUACAUUAAAGUUUUUAGUGUAAAGUUGAUAAAUAAGGCAUGUUUGUGAUAACUUACAGUGUCGAAAAUUGUGAAUUCUCGGAAUUGUAGCAAAAGCUCAGAAUUAAUUUGUAAAUUAUAUUUUGGCUGUUGAUAAUUUUUUUAUCUCUAAUUUUUUUGACUUGUUAUUGUCAGGUGUGUAAGCAUUGCUUCUUAGCCUUGUGAUGUCGGGAAUUUUCGAUUAAUCACAAAAAUAAGUUAACUAAAUUGGUUUUCGUGUACUAUAUCUAAAAUUAAUCACUUUGUAAAAUAUUCUCAAGGAUAAAGGAACACACACAUUUCCUUUUAUUAUGUUCAUUUUUCUGUUUUUUUAAUUUGUAAUAUUUGUCUGUACUAUAAGUGUAUCAUAUCCAAGAUGGGAGAUUCUAGCGAAAACAUGUUAGAAAACUCAAGCAGCGUUGAGGCAAGCCAAAAGGCAGCCGACGCCUACGAGCCCAAACCUGAGCCGCCAAAGAGCCCCGCCCCAAAGACCGUUUCCUUCAAAAACGGCAAGAAGUACUCGAACAAAAAGUUCAUUUUACCACCGCCACCCAGAGCCUCGCCACAAUCCAGCUCCGGAUUCCCCGGCGUAAGCUGGAACAAACGCAUGGGAGCAUGGCUCGCCUUCUACUACGACCAGGGAACCAGACGUAGUAGAACCUUUCAUCCCAAAUACUUCGAUAUGGAUGUUGAGAAAGCGAAAUUGGCAGCAAUUGAGUUUAUGAAGAACAUUGAGAAGCAUCCGAAGUGUAGUUUGAGGAAGAACAGGCGUGAGAGGCAUGACUGGAGUAACUCACAUUACAUUAAGACUUCGCCGGAGUUUGACGAUGAGAACGAGCCCAGGACAAGGAGAAGAAGAAAGCCCACAAACAAGGAGUUUGGAACUGAGGUUACCAACAAACGUUCACCUAUGAGUUGUUCCACUCAGGCCAGCAUGGGUGAUAUGUACUUUGAUGCCCUCAGGCCAAAGUUCAUCAAUAAUCCUAUGAGUCAUGAGAAACAGGUCACACCCACACUCGCAAGAGUUGCCAGGGUUAAACCUGAAGGAGAUAUGAUUGACAUGACUCCAACCAUGUUCAAUCAGAGCCUGAUGUGGGGAAAUUGUAACCUGUUUGUGAACUCUCAAGACUACUGUCACUCACAGGACUAUUCCCAAGACUACUCUCAGUCUCAAGACUACUCACAGUCACAGUAUAGUCAAUCACAGUACUCACAGCCACAGCAGUACAGCCAGCCAAAAGACUACAGCCAAUCACAGGAUUCGAGCUUCAGCAUGCCCUCCUUUAAUGGCUUUACAAGCCCAUCAAGGAACUUUGCAGAGGAACAAAUGGUUGUAAGUAACAUUGACAGUGAGCACGACUAUAAGAUGCUACACCCAAUGCAUAACGUCGACCCUCUUGACCCAAACCUUAACUACAUGUCAGGCUACAACUGCUCAUUAACCUCCGUCAGUAGCCCUUACCUCUCACCCUACAACUACUAUGGCACCAAAGAGGAGGCACCAAUGCCACAAAACACAAGUUUCCAAGGCAUGGUUAUCCAAAACGAGAACCAACAAUCAAACAUCCUCUACUCACCAAACUCAUCCUACAUCCUACCAAUUGACUCCAAUUAAUUCCUCUUGAAAAUUUUUUCACACAUUUACAC